AUGGCGGCUCAGCUGCUGCGGCAUCGCUCGCAUUGUGCAACGCCGCCCCGGGGUGACUUCUGUGAUGGCACUGAGAGGGCGAUUGACGAAGCUUCUUCUACGACCUCCAUGGAGUGGGAUACGCAGGUAGUGAAGGGGUCCUCGCCGCUCGGCCCCGCAGGGCUGGGGGCUGAGGAGCCGGCCGCCGGCCCGCAGCUGCCAUCUUGGCUGCAGCCUGAGAGGUGCGCUGUGUUCCAGUGCGCACAGUGCCACGCAGUGCUCGCCGACUCGGUGCACCUCGCCUGGGACCUGUCGUGGUCCCUCGGGGCCGUGGUCUCCUCCAGAGUUACAAAUAACGUCGUUUUGGAAGCGCCCUUCCUAGUUGGCAUUGAAGGUUCACUCAAAGGCAGCUAUCUCUUAAAAACAAAAGCCAUAGUAAAUGCAUCAGAGAUGGAUAUUCAAAAUGUUCCUCUAUCAGUAAAGAUUGCAGAGCUGAAAGAGAAGAUAGUGCUAACGCACGAUCGCUUAAAAUCACUAAUGAAGAUUCUCAGUGAAGUGACUCCUGACCAGUCCAAGCCAGAAAACUGAUCCUGUACCAAAGCUUGAAUGUUAGGUUCAGGCUUUAUUGCUGUCUUCAACAACAGGUGCUGCUUAGUCAUUUCUUGAAAAAGAUUGGCUUCAAGAAUGGAGGGGAAAUGCAGUUUCUAUUUACCUUUAGGCUCAUUUUCCAAAUUA